AUGCGCUCGGCCUUCGCGGUGUGCCUGGUGUUCGCAGGCUGCUGCAGCAACGUAAUCUUCCUGGAGCUCCUGGUCCGGCAGCAUCCAGGAUGUGGGAAUAUCGUGACGUUUGCACAGUUCCUCUUUAUCGCUGUGGAAGGGUUCCUCUUUGAAGUGGAUUUGGGAAGGAAGCGGCCAGCUAUCCCAAUAAGGUACUACAUCGUGAUGGUCACCAUGUUCUUCACCGUCAGUGUGGUGAACAACUACGCCCUGAAUCUCAACAUCGCCAUGCCCCUGCAUAUGAUAUUUCGAUCUGGUUCUCUGAUUGCCAACAUGAUUCUAGGAAUUAUCAUUUUGAAGAAAAGAUACAGUGUCUUCAAAUACGCCUCCAUUGCCUUGGUGUCUGUGGGGAUAUUCACUUGCACUUUCAUGUCAGCCAAGCAGGUGACUUCGGAGACCAGCGUGAGGGAGAAUGAUGGAUUCCAGGCAUUUGCAUGGUGGUUACUAGGUAUUGGGGCACUAACAUUUGCUCUCCUGACGUCAGCAAGGAUGGGCAUAUUCCAGGAAACUCUGUACAAACAAUUUGGGAAACACCCCAAGGAGGCUCUGUUUUACAACCAUGCCCUUCCUCUCCCUGGGUUCAUCUUCUUGGCCUCAGACAUUUACAACCAUGCAGUUCUGUUCAAUAAGUCCGAGCUGUACCCGGUUCCGGUCCUUGGGGUGACGAUGCCCAUCAUGUGGUUCUACCUCCUCAUGAAUGUCAUCACUCAGUAUGUGUGCAUCCGAGGCGUGUUCAUCCUGACCACAGAAUGCACCUCCCUCACCGUCACGCUCAUGGUGACGCUGCGCAAGUUUGUGAGCCUCAUCUUCUCCAUCUGGUACUUCCAGAACCCCUUCACUCCAUGGCACUGGCUGGGCACCCUGUUUGUCUUCCUUGGGACCCUGUUGUAUUCGGAAGUUUGGAACCACCUAGGAGCCACGAGACUAAUGCCUCCCAAGGAGGACAAAAAGAACUGA